UCCCUCACUUCGGCGACAGAUCGGCUUCUUGGACAUCAACUGCAAGAUGGUAAACGCUGCCUUUUAUCUCCUGGUGGUGGGCGUGGCCUCGGCCCAGAUCCUCGUGUCUCCCGAGUCGCGCCAAUGCAGAGAUCUGGCUGCCAUGGACGAAGCCAUUCCAGAAAGUAACUUGAAGGAGUAUACAGCGGGAGAAGUGAUGGAAGUGAAGGCCACGCUCCCCCAGGCUGAGAGCGGCGUCUUCGAGUUCUACCUCUGCCCCGAGACCGACCCUGGCGACGAGGAGUGUCUGGUCAAGAUGCCCCUGAACAUCGCCGGAGGUAUGGGCAAGAAGUUCGACCUGGCUAAGAUCCCGAAGACUGAUGACUACACGAUUCCCUUGGAGGUCCCUCAGGAUGUGACCUGUGAGAGGUGCACGCUCUUGUGGAUGCUGAUUCAGAAUUUCUGUCCCGAGGAUGUUUCUGAGCCCUGUGUGUCGACGACUGCCACUAUGUGUGCUGAUAUUUCCAUUGUGGAGAAGAAGAAACAGGAGAAGCGGGAUUUUGGGAACUUUUUCAAGGGAGUUUUCCAGCACGCUGUCAACGGAGCCGCCAGAGGGAUCGCCGGGUGUGGCAGAUCCGGUUAAAAAAUGAUGUAGUUUCAUAAGGAAUGUGAUUUUUUGUCUUUUUUUCUUUCUGUGUUUUUUAUUGUUCUUUCUUGUUUUCUUUUUCUUUUUAUUCCUUUUCCUCUUUCUAUUUCCCUGGCUGUUUUUUUUCUAUUCUUGUUUUCUUUUUAUUUUUAUUCCUUUUUCUCUUUCUAUUUCCUUGGCUUUCGUUGACUUUCU